UCGAACGAUCCUGCAGGCAGCAGUUCGCGUACGAUAACGAGAAAUUUCACGAAAAAUCGUGUGACAAGGCCUUCCGAGACGCGUCGUGCUCUGUCGCCAACGUUGACAAAGCGUGCCGCGCGGUUCUAGCGGUUGUCGAUCGCAACGUUUUUCGGCAACCUUCGGACCAGGAAGUCCCGGGCAUGAAGAAACCGUAAAUUCGAAACUUGUCACUGUCGCCAAAUGAUUCGGACGCGAAGAUUCGGUGGAAAGGGAAGAAUUUCCUGGAAGCGUGCCUUCACGGUGGCUGGACACAGCACUUCGCAAUUCUCUUUUCGUCCCGCUCGCCAUCGCCCACGCCACAGUCAUCUUCUCCCCUCGACUUUGUGCAUCAGCACGCUUUGCACAAAAGUUCUUCGUGUAGUUAGUCCGUGCCUGUCCGUAACGAGAGCGCCGAGGCUCUUGUGCUCUGUGCGCGAAUCGCGCCGCUUCUUCGUUUGUGAACGAACAGUGGCUGCAGUGAUAUCUUCCCCUUGCAGGAUAUCGGAUCUUCAGCGAUCGUUUCCAACCGGAGGAUAACACGAGGGUUCGACGAGUAACGCGAACUCGAAAGUAGGAGGGGCUUCGAGGAUCUCGGGGGUUGGCGAUCUUAAAAUGCGGGGCCGGCAUCCAAGGUCGUAGACCAAGGUCCAAAUGCGCGAUGGUUAAACCACCGGAAGGUGGAGGCCUCUUUGCAGCCGGCUGGUUUCUGGCACUGUGUUGGGCCAGUGUCAGCGGCCAGCUGAGCGCCGAGUACGGGUGUCCUACUCAGGAGAGGAUCCUACCUUGUAGAUGCUCCACUCGCGACAUGGAGAUCCAGAUCUGGUGCAGUCACAGCGAGUUACCAAAGGUUCUCGAGGGCCUGAAAGCGGUGAGCCACUACCUGGACCGGCCGGUGGACGAGCUGAUCCUGGAGAACAACAAUCUACCUAGUCUACCGGGCAAAGUGUUCGCCACUUUGCGCGUUCUCCGGCUGAUGUUGCGGAACAAUCGCCUGGAGAGAGUGUCUUCGGGCUGGCUGGAGGGUUUGCACGAUUCUUUGUUGGAAUUGUUCGUCGUGGAGCCGGACCUGCGAUCCCUGCCGGUGGACAGCCUCGAGAAUCUGCAAGGUCUGGAGGCGGUGACCUUGCAGAGUCGGGUGAUGAAGAAGCUGCCGAAGUUCUCCGGCCUGCCGAAGCUCAGAUACCUUCAGAUCAACUCGCCGGCUCUGCUGGAGCUGGCUCCGAGGAACUUCCGAGACCUGCCCAGCCUGGAGCAGCUUCACGUGUUCGGCAGCUCGCGGCUGAUACGCUUGGAAGCGGGUCUGUUCCGAGGCCUGCCGCGGCUCGAGCUGGUGAACAUCACCGAUUGCGGGGUCCACUGGGUUCAUCCGCGGACGAUGAUCGAUCUGCCGGAGCUGAAGGAACUUUCGUUGGUGGGGAACUCGAUCGUCGAUGCCGGGAUGAUCGGCCGUGCCAGCGUGGAUCUACCCUCGCUGUCGGUGAUCCGACUCGACCGGAAUCGCAUCAAUCGGCUGGACGAGGGGGCCUUCACCGACCUGGCCGUCCUCUCCCGCCUCUCCUUAUCGAGGAAUCAUAUCACCGAGGUGUUCGCUGGAGCGUUCCAAAGAAUGCCGGCGUUGAAGACCGUGGAUCUUAAUCACAAUCUAAUACACCGCAUACAUCCGGAAUUUUUCCCGCGCAGACCUAGCAGCAGCUUGGAGGAGUUCUGGCUGAUCGACAACGACCUCAGCCACGUGUCCGAGCUGAGGUCCAUCAUGGAGGCGCUGCCUAGGCUGAAGCUCCUCGACGUCAGCCACAACCAGAUCGAGGAGAUCCCGUUCGGAGCGCUGAGAGGCCAUCCGACGCUGGAGAGGCUUCACCUUGAUCACAACCGAGUGGCCUUUCUGCAAAGGGAGACCUUCACCGCAAUGCCCGCUCUUAGGGAACUGCGUUUAAAGAACAACUCUUUGUCGAACCAGCUCGAGACGCCAUUUUGGAACCUGCCGGCGCUGAAAGGUCUGGAUCUCUCCGGGAACUACUUCCGACACAUCGAGCCCCGACUGCUGACCAAUCUGCCGAGCCUGAGGCGGUUGGACAUGAGCGGGAACGCCAUCGGGAUGAUCGAGCCGGAAUCCUUCCUAGGCACGCCGGCGUUGGAGCACAUCAACAUCUCCGGGAACGCGCUCUCUGUCCUCCAUCCUCUGACCUUCCACCAUUUGAGCAACCUCUACGAGCUGGACGUCGGCUGGAAUCGGAUGCUCGAGAUCGUCCCAGGCCUGCCCGGGAACAUAGAACAUCUGUACAUGCCCAUGAACCGUAUCGUCGUCCUGCCUGCCGUCUCGUCGCAGGAUCUAGCCCUUCCGGUGCUGAGGUCCUUCGAUCUCAGCGCGAACGGGAUCGAACGGAUCUCGCCCGGCACUCUGACCGAUCUGCCGAACAUGAGGAAGCUGAAUCUAGGCUACAAUGCUCUGAGGAUCAUCGAGGACGGCACCUUCGACGGUUUGUCCAGGCUCGAACAGUUGGACCUGAAGUACAAUCGCUUGGUCACCCUCCAUGGCAGAAGCUUCAGGCCUCUCAGAUCGUUGAUGGAUCUCAGCUUGAAGGGCAACCGGCUGGAGGUCCUCAGGCCGGACAUCUUCCAGGAGAAUGUCCGACUGCAGCGGCUCGAUUUGAGCAGGAAUAAUCUGGCGCAAAUCCCUCAUGCCACCUUCUCCAACACCAGAGACCUUCGUGAACUGUACGCGUCGCACAACACUUUGACCGAGUUACCCGGAUCGUUGCACGGCUUAACAGCGCUCCAGGUUCUCGACUUGAGCUUCAACAAGCUGAACAUCCUGUCGCCGGAAACUCUGAGCAGCCUGUCGGCCUUGCUCGAGCUGAAGCUCGUCCGGAAUCGGAUCCGCGAGCUUCGCGAGGGCGCUUUCGACGGGCUGCCGCGACUGUCCUUGAUCGAUCUGGAGAGCAACGAUCUGAGGAUCAUCGAGAGGAACGCGAUCAGAUCUCUGCCGGAGCUGCAGGCGAUAAGGCUCGGGAAGAAUCGAUUGCAGAUAAUCCCGAGCGGAGCUUUCACCGAGCUCCCUUUGCUGCAAAGCGCGGAACUGCAGGAGAAUCGGAUCCAGGAAAUCGCGAGCAACGCGUUCAUUAACGUGCCUCACCUUCUCUUUCUUAAUCUGAGCUACAAUCAUUUGCCGGCGCUGGAUUACGUCGGUCUGGAGAGCCUCCGGUCGCUGGAGGUCCUGGACUUGAGCAACAACCGAUUGUCCAGGGUGUCCAGCACGAGUCUGGCAUCGAUGGAAUGGCUGGUCGAGUUGAAAAUGGAUAACAAUCGGAUUUGCGCCAUCCAAGGCUCGCCUUUCGACGAAAUGCCGCGGCUCCGGGUGCUCAGCCUGAGGAGCAACCGGAUGGCUUCCGUUUCCGAAGCGGCGUUCAAACGAUUGCGAUCGAACAUCGCUGUUCUGGACAUCGAUGGCAAUCCGCUUUCCUGCUCGUGCGGGAUGCUGUGGCUAAGAGGGUGGCUGCAACAGGCGUCUUCGGAGGGUCCAAGGUGUGCCGAUGGGUCGCUGUUCAAAGAAAUCAGGCUGUCUCGCCAGGACUGCCAAAGGGAGAGACACAUCGAUCCAAUUCACCCUGGCUGCGAGGCUGAAAUGAUCGAUUUGGCACCGUACCCCGUGUCCUCCUCGCUGUACGGUGCAACGGAAGUGGUACCGCUCCGUAUGAACAUAAAAGACUCGUCGACGCGACCUCCGUCGCAGGACUCCGACUACCUUUACGAAUACGCCGACUAUCAAGAGACCAGGAACGAAACCACGAACGCGACAAAUCAGUCCUCGCCGACUGCGCAAACAGACGCGACGAAAGUCGUUCAAUCGUCGGAGAAGGUUCAACCGCAGUCGAACAGCACUGUCCCCGUGAAGAAGAACACCUUGAUGCCACCGUCGCCAAGCAGCUCCGGCUUCACCUUCUUCGGGGUGCCCUUGCCCAGUCUGAACUUCAACCUCUGGGGGAACUCGGGCAGGAAAUCGGAGCGGAAGAAUUCAUCCGGAAGACCUGGAAGAGGUCGCUACAGGACUUUCCCGCCGACGGAACCGGAAAUCCACAGGGGUGGAUUCGUGCCUCUGCCUCGUGGACAGGGUGGCUUCGUGCCUAUCGCAGACCCUAGGAUAACGUACCAGAAACAGGCGAAGAAUGAGACCUCGGGGUCGCAGAAUUCUAGCGUUGUGCCGGAGGAGAAGAGACGAUGGAAAAGCGGAAACGGGACGGUGGUGAAGAUCGACAGGACCCAGCUGAGGGCGAGCAGGCCUAAAUUGGGGUUCAAGGAGAGGGAGGAACUGUCCACUGUGGCGACGAGCGAGGCGGACUAUAAGCAACAGCACGAUCUAAGGAACAGUUCCAGUCAUACGAACGCGACGAGAACGUCGGAUUCGAGUGUAGCGGCGGACGAGUCGCCCCAAGAAGCAAACGAGACUUCUGCGGCUGUUGAGAUCCAAGAUGGCCCGGAGGUGAACCAGAAGCCCAGCAGAUUCGAGGAGAAGCCUGAAGCUGAGCUUGCGAAUAGGGUCGUCUGGACAACACCGAAAACAACAGAAGCGACGAAAGAAGUAAAAGGAACGUCAACGGAGACCGUUAAGGGAGAGAAGAACGUCUUCUGGGAACCGGAAGUCGAGUUCCAGGAGACGUCCACGCCGACGACGACUGUUCGAAACGAAGUGAUCGAGGACAGUUCUGUUAUGGCAACCGAGGGUACAGUUCCAACGUCAGAGAACCGGAAGAACGUGUCAGCGUCGCAGUUUUCCAGGGAAACGGAAGCUUCGGCUCUUUCAGCUUUUCUGGUUCCAGGGGGCCAGGUGCCUUCUUCUGGUUCGCCGGCGAACUUGCGUCCCCUAGGUCGACCAACCAUAACGAAGGUCCCUUCGCCGCGUUUAGGGCUCAUGUCCGAGCCGGAGAGGCAGAAAUCGGUGGCCGAGGCUGUUCAGAGGAACGUUGGGACCGCGGAGGAGAUCGUCGAGAAGGACGAGGCCUCGAAUGAAAAUGCCGAAGUGAUCGAGGACAGUUCGUUCAACUGGUACUUCCAGCAUUACAACGACACUAAUCUGGAGCCCUACGUGGGCAUCGCGUACAGUGGAAGCGGGAGGACGUGUCGGUGGACUUUGUUGAGUCAGAUGUGCCUGGUUCUGUACACCUUGAUGUAGAGAGAAGAAGAAAGUUUGUUUCGUCGCGGAGAAUAUCUAGCGCGUUCUCUUUUCAUGCACAGAGUAUGGUUGUUCGAAGGAUAAAGUAAGGAGAUAAGCCUAUUAAUGAAAAACAGCGUGUAUCUCAAAUUAUGUAUCGUACAGGUACAAGCAUGACGAAAAUGCUGUUUUACGGUACACAGUUUCGAUCCUCCCCGGGCGUACGCUUUGCGUGUAGCGUCGGGACUUCGAGGAUUUCCGGAUCGAGAUUUUGCAGACAGACGAAGCUCGAACGGAUCGAGAAAGGCUCGAGGCUCGAGACCCGACGCUACGCCGUCUGAAGCUUCGUAUGACACAAAUGCGAGCCGUUCACCGUGGCCCCCCGCAGAGUAUUGACGAAGAAUAAAUAAAGUCGUGUGCUCGAAUGA